AUGAAUCAAAAGCCACUGAAGAGUAUUCAUUUUCGAGUUGAGACGCAUAUCGACUUAUCCUCCAAAGACAAGAUAUCUUCUGUCGAGAGUAAUUCUAAGCGUUACGGUUCUCCUGACAACUUGCCUUCUCUUCAAAACAUCUGCAGAACCAUUCAAGGGGAGGAUGGAACGGUCUUCGCCAUGAGAUCCCUUAUGAGUAGGGCCAACAAUGUGAGCAGCAACCGAACCACAAGAACCAAGUGGGCACUUGAAUUAAACGAACGCAAGGAUCUCAAACAAUUAGAACAAUGGACAGAUUUAAUGGUUUAAUAAUUAUAAUAACAAUAGUAUGGCAACAUUCGAGAUUUCUAUGAAAAAAUGGAGUUGGUCUACACUGGUUCCAUAACUUAGUUAGGGUAGUAACUGGCUGUUAAAUGCAUUGAUUAUUAGACUAUGUUGAACAAGAUAUGGUCAUCCUAUACUCAUGCAGUGAAGGAGAUAAUCGAAAGACAAUCAGAAACCAAUAGAAAAUUGGAGAAGGAUUGUCUCUCAGAAACAGUGAAAUUGCAUCAAAUGUACUAAAAAACAUUGAAUGAUAAGGGUACUAAGUUGCAAGAGGCUGAGAGAUAUUUGAAAUAGAAUUCUGAUUAAAAUGAUAAAAUGAUUAAAGAAGGUAGAUAUUUGAGAAAGAAAUGUUAAAAAUUAGAGUAAGAACUCCUAAACCUAAGAAGAGAAGGUGACUUUCUCAAAUUGCAGAACACUGAUCUCACCAGAGAGAUUGAUGCAAUGAAAGUUUUCAUUAAUCAUCAAGUGGAUCCUUCCAUUUACAUUCAUCAGAAUCUCGUGAAUGCUUAAUAGAUUGAAGAGAAGUUUGCAGAUGAAUUGUAACAUGCUAAAAAGGAAAUGUUUGAUGAUUUUAAACAUCAAUUUGAACAAAGAACCAUGAUCUAUGAAGAAAUGUAUUAAAAAAAAUUAGAUGAGUUGGAGAGAAGAGAAAUAUAGAAUCAAAAUUAGGAGGAUGAACAAAUACUUUAGGAUUAUUAAUAGACUAUAUUUAAAGAUGAGUGUGUUGGUAGUUCACUCACUUAUAAGACUUAAGAAACAGACACUCUUGACUUGCUUCAAUUUUAAGAUGCAACUGUCUAAACUAUUUAAUUCAAAAAAAAAGUAUUUGAUUGGAGUACUCAAACACCUACUGUUGUUACAUUUAAUCAAUCUGUUGAAGCCAACUUUUCAAUGAUAAAAAGAGAAUGCAUUCCUAGAAACAAAGAGGAACAAACCUAUUUAGAAAUGUCCAGAUAUCCAAUUCAAGUUUUCAUUGAUGACUAUCAUGAAAUAAAUAUCACCUAUAAUAAAAGUACCUUUAAUUAGGACUUAAACAAUUUGGUUGAGUAACUUGGUCAGAGAGCGACAUAGUUGUUUAAUAUAUUAACAAUGAAAGAAGAGUUCCAUUUGGAUGAUUUCCAAUGUGUGAGUUAGUACGUGAUAAAUAGUUAUAAUGCAUUCAUAAACCUAGUUCGUAAUUUGGAAUAUCUGAUAGUAGAAAGCAAGUCAAAUUUAGUAGAGAACAAGAUUUGUCUCUAUGAAACCUAGAUAGAUUCGAAAUAAUCAUAUCGAAAAAAGAUUCAUGCUGAAAAGAAGUUGGAUCUAUUGAUAGCCAAACACUAGUUAACAUUGAAAUAAGUGACAUUCCUCCAAAAACAAAUCAUUCGAGUUCACAAGUAUCUACCGCACUUCCAAAUUGAAACCAUCAAAAGAUAAGCGAUUAAAAGGAAGAUAUUCUUGGAAUUCCCUAAAAUCCAAUCUCCUGGUCCCAAUCUUCUACUCCCUCCUGAAAAAUCAAACACAAUCUUCUUUUCUUCUUAACCUUAAUUGUUGAUACCUCCUCAAAUCAAUCAAUCUACAAGUUCGUAGGUUCAGAGAUCUGCUUUGGAUAUAGCCUAGAGCGAAUCAACAGAGCCUCAGUAAUUGAGAAGAGAUUAGUCGGUCGAUCUAUACAGAGAGCCACGAGAAACACCUCCGAUUAGUCCUGCCAAAAAGCAUCACCAAAUUUAAAUAUUUUUCUAAGAUGCAAUAGCACCGCCUGAUGACUCUUCAUCGGAAAGUGAUUAAGAUGUGGAUAUAGAGGCGCAAUUGUCUCCCAUAAAAAAUUUGUUAUCAAUUGAAAAGAAGCUGUUUGUAAGCAAAUGUCCUUCCAAAAAUACACAAACAGCCACUCAACUGUUAUUGCAAGAGAUUCAAUAGUUUAGAAGAGAUCGGAUAGACAAUAUAGUCACUCGCUAAACCCUACAACGAUAUCUGUCUAGUUUUGUGUGUUGGUGUGUGAAAUAUGGAAAGUACAAUUAUCCUCUUCACAUACAACUCUACGAAUUCUAUCAAAUUGAGAAUUUCCAAUAGCCUCCUCAAGUCUGGUUGUAGAAGUAUCAACGCAUUAUUAAGAGCAUCAUCUACUAUAAGAAGAAGACCACAUAUGCUAAGUUGUUCCAUUAGAUGUUGAUUGGCGAUUAGAGUUUUAACAUCUAUUUGAGUAUCUUGAAUGGCAUUCAAAAUAAGGAAUUUACAGAGAAUGGAAUUAUUGUCCAAUAAUUAUAACUUUCUGAUGCUAUCGGACAAUAUGUAAAGAAUACUAUUCCAAAGUAUAUUCAGUUGGUUGAUUAUGAUCAGGAGAUCUCACCUUAUAUGCAAGGUAUGUUGGAUUUCAAAACAAAUGAGAUUACUCAAAAAUAUUAGUUAAUUUUGACUUUGUUUGAUCAGGAUCGAUUCACAGCUCUAUAAUUCAGACUGUUGCUAUUGGAGUUGGAUUCAUAGAGAACUGAAUAGUAGAUAAUCAAUCUGUUCAUCAGUGAAUGUGAUUUAGAACAGAACAGUAUUUAAUAUAUGUCACAUAAGAGAUUCUCAUAGAUGUGUGAAGAACACAAUUUGUUGGCUAAUCUCAGUGAGUAUUUGAAUAGGAAUAAUGCUCAAUAUUUUAGUGAUUUGUAGUUAUGGAAGGUAAGGGAAAUUGAAUUGAAAUUGAUGUUGAUCAGAUCCCAGAAGUACGAUACAACUGAGAGGGAAGUGUUUUAUCGGAUGAAUGAGUUGAAUUCAAAUGAAUAGAGAAUAUUGUUGGGAAGGUACUUGGAGAGAAGAGCCAAAGAACUGUUGUUGGAGCAAUAUGCCUAUGAAUGUCUACCCUAAUUCAUGCAGAUCCUACUAAAUUCUUAAUGA